UAGCGAUAUUAAACGGAUAGAGAGAGUGGAGAGGAGAGGGGCUCUGCAACGAGGGGAGACCCUAGAAGAUUAUUAACAACACACCCGCGAAGGAUGAGUGUUCAGUGAGUAGCGAGGAGUUUGAUAUGAGUGACCCCACAUGGAUAUCAGCUGAACGUCACGGCACUCUGUCUGACCUGAAUCACCCCUCCAGCACAGAUAGGAUGCACAGCCCGCAAAACGCACACAAGGAAGAGGACGAUGACUCAUCUUCUGAAAGUGGUAGUGGCAAUGGCGUUCGUACACUGACUCCUCCUUCGGUCGGCGCGGCUGGUGUGAAUGACAGUACAGGACCCGGAUCAGGCUCAUACGCAGAGGUUAACGGAAACAGCACCGCAGCACCACUCGACUUCAGCACCACUUCCUCAUCCUCAUCCUCAGAGGACCAGCAACCCGUCAACCUCGGUGACAGACUGAGUCAGGCUCUGCCCACUGCUGCCGCCAUGCUGGCAACCUUUACCCCCGAACACACAGAGGAGCUGCGCAGAAAAUACCCCAAAUCCACAGAGCUGCGCCUUGACAGAGACAUCAGGGACUACAACAACAAGUCUCCUCAAUACAGCUCAGGCAGCUAUGAUUCGAUAAAGAUGGAGAUAUGUGCUGAAGAUCUGACUGUCGGUCGCUCUCAGGCGGCAGACGAUGAUGACGAUGACCAUGAUGACCACGACGAUAGCGAUAAGAUCAAUGAUGUCGAAGGAGUUGAUCCAGAGCGGUUGAAGGCCUUCAACAUGUUUGUACGUCUGUUUGUGGAUGAGAAUCUGGACCGUAUGGUGCCAAUUUCUAAACAGCCUAAAGAGAAGAUCCAGGCCAUUAUUGAGUCCUGCAGCCGCCAGUUCCCGGAGUUUCAGGAGCGCGCUCGCAAACGCAUCCGCACCUACCUCAAAUCCUGCCGCCGCAUGAAGAAAAACGGCAUGGAGCAGACUCGACCCACCCCACCCCACCUGACCUCAGCUAUGGCUGAAAACAUCCUGGCAGCCGCUUGCGAGAGCGAAUCACGCAAAGCUGCCAAAAGAAUGCGCAUGGAUGUCUACCAGGCACAUGAGGAGCCGGUAUCUCUGGAUAAGGCAGUCUCUCGUGAGCCGGUCUCGCUGACCCACUCCGCUUACUCUCUCGCUGCCUCAGCCUACAGCCAGGACCAGCUCUAUAUUAACGGAGGUCUGAACUACAGCUACCGCGGUUAUGGAGGACUGUGUGCCAGCAUGCAGCACCCGGUGACUCUGAACACAGCUACUGCACAGACCAACGGGCCUACUGAUCUCAGCAUGAAAUCUCUGGCCUCAAACUCGUCCUCGUCCAGCUCCAGCAGUCUGGGCAGGAAUGGGGGCGGAGCCUCAACUCAGCUCAGCCAUACAGAAGUGGCGGCGGUGCGUCAGCUGAUCGCAGGAUACCGCGAGUCUGCGGCCUUCCUGCUGCGAUCGGCAGAUGAGCUAGAAAACCUCAUACUGCAACAGAACUGACCCGUCUGCAGCGCUCACGCUCUCUCUCUCUCUUGACUGCACACAACUGACCCAUCAUCAUCAUCCUCACUGAGGAAAAGCAUCUGGCUCUUGAAGAGAAAACACGCAGCUUCUGCUUUCAUGGCUUCAGCGUGGAGAGGAACCUCUGAAGGACACUGCAGUGCUAGAGCUCCUGCCUUUCAUGCCUUCUCCACAUCCCUCCGAGAGCCAUCGAUUCCUCAUGUUCUUUGUUUUUAGCUACUUCAAAGGAGGCCAAUCCUCCUGACGGCACUAACUCGAUGAAGACACUUUUGAUUUGGAGACGUAAUGGAAAGAAAGAAAGAGGAUAAAACUUAAGAGACCUUUGUAUUUGCUGUAAAUAAGCACUCGCUGUGUCCUGAAGCACUUUUCCAUUCGUUCUGACCUCUGAAUCAUUAAUUUAUGCAUAUAGAUACGCAGGUGGAAGCUCACCUGGAAAUACCUCAGCCCGUCUCUCUCUCUCUCUCUCACAGCGUCCCCUUCUCUGUAUGUGGGAGAAGAAAAUUAUCGCCUGUCCGUCCUCGACUUUGCGGUCCACUGAUUUGGACAUGGAAAGCAGAGAGUGGGAGUUAUUUGGUUUCUGUAAUCGAAGUGCAGAUUUUCUUUUCCACCUUCUCCUAAUGUCUUGUGUAUAUAUGAAUAUAUAUAAAUAUAUUCCGAUCCAAUUCAAGGUAUUGAUUGCAGAAAUACACUGGACUUGUUUUGGGACCGGUUUCACAGAUGCCAACACUCUCUUCGUUUUUUUUUCCCACUGUACGGGUCGCCUCCUGUUUUCCCCUGUCCUUCCAUUUCUCCUCGACGUUCCUCUCCGGGUAGAGGCGGGAUCCGGAAUGGAAGAUGUUAGUCUUUUUAUCUGUUGACUUUUCUUAAUGGCCAUUAAUCCACUCUGCUGCUAUGGACUCCAACGUAACGCCACAGACCUGAAACCUCAAGCCUCCCAAACACAACCAGAGCACCUCAAGGCGACAAAAACAAGGCAAAAAAAGACAAAAUGGAAGCCAAAUCCAAACGAAAGAUUUAAAAAAAACCUGGCGAGCGUUUGAUUUAACACUGAGGGCUGCUUGUGUUUGUUUUCGUUUGAUUUGUUGUGUGCUUAAAUCUCGAUCAACUGGGAUCAAAUCGUCUUUGGCACAAGAGCUUGGCGCAACACACACGCACAUGAACACGCAUACGACACACUUACAAGGUCUUUAGUGAAGUGAAUAUUUAGCAGGAGAGGUUUGAAGUCGUGUAGUUAGCGAGUGUAGAUUUGUUUAGGGACUGAAUGACAGUAAUGUCACUGUAAUUUGCUCCAUUUGCACACAUAGACAGUGCUGAUCUGUGAUUGUGUUGCACUGCUCGUGGGGGAUGGAGAACCGAUAUCGCAAUGCAGAAGAUAAUCAAACGCAUUUAUUUCCGGCCCUAAAGGAGACCGACGAACACAGAGAGUCUUUCAUGACCCCUGCUGAGGAGCCUUCAGAAUCAGUACAUCCGUGAUCAGAUGACCGGGACCGCAUGAUUGAAAGCCACGAUGAUGAGGCGUGAGUGUGACCAGAGACUUCACUGCCCUCUUUAGACGCAUUUGUGUGCAAAUUUUUUUUUGACAGCCUCGCUCAAAACACAACACAGUGCAACACGUUUGGAAAUGAUUCCUUAAUGUGUUAUAUUUAUAGUAGACCUUCACAGUCCAGCCGUUUUUGAUUCGUGGAGUGGAAUGUUGUGCUAUAGAUGUGAGGACAUAUGCAAAAUUGACAGCGUGAGGCCUCACUAUAUCUGUUUAUUGUCGCUGUGAGACCCUGACCUCUCUCAUCAUUUCAGACUACCUUCUUUGACUUAAUGUUUGAAGUGAACUAAAGUAAUUGGGAUAUAUUUUAAAGGGGAGAAUCCAUUUUGAGCAUUGUAACAUCUAAAUUUAAAAAAGGAAUAAAAUAGGAGAUGCGUAAAUAAAAUUAUAUUUCUUUAUACAGAACUAAGAUUUUUGCAUGGCAUAAUUCUAAUGUCAAUCAGCACAUUUUCAACUCAGAUUUUCAUUAGCUUAAUACGUCCUAUUUUUUUUUCAUUCAUAAGACAAACAUCAUAAGAGACUCU